ACAGUGACGUCAAGAGGUGUGGCUUAUGAGGUCAAAGUUCAUUCUCCGUUCAAGCGGUGUUAGAGGUCACAGAAAGAAAAUGCGCGGCAGCCAGAAGUUCGUGCCCCCGACACGCACAAACACGCGGACAGUUCAACCAGACGCCGGUUCCUCGGGGACGCCUAAAUGUCGGCGUCUGUACUCAGACCCGGCGGACGCCAUCUUCAGUAGUACACCUGAACUCCUCAAGACCCCAAAACCGCCCACCCCAAGGAACAACCACCAGACCCAGGAAACGGGACUACCCAUGGGCAAACCGUUUGUGAGAAGACUACAACGAAAUCAGAAAGCGAAGCAGACGACAGAAAGAGCGGUGACGUCACCGAGUUCAAACCUGACUCAAAUGUCACCUUCAUUGUUGGCCCCAAAAUCUUUGAAAAGCAUAGAACGGCAAACAGCUAAUGUUGACCACGAAUCAAACCAGCUGAUGACGUCCGAAGCGAUCCCUGCCGUACUGAAUCACCUGGUCCAGGUACCGGACACUGCACCCUACGACUGUGCCAGCAUAUUCAACUUCACACCGAGUCCUCCCCCAAAACGCAGGGCUACCAGCGCCUCAGAGAAGAGGAAGAUUUGUCUGGACGUCCUGCUGACGGUCUACAAGAUGAAGAACCAGCUACAUGUCCUGAGGGAGCGGCGUCACCGUCUAGCCCGUAAGUACACAGUGCCUCAAUAA